CGGCGCCCGGAGCCCGCAGCCGCGGGCAGCGCCUCGGGGAGCGGCGGCGGCGGGUCGGGGGGCGCGGCGAGCGCUGGGCACCCUGACGGCGAGCUGCCCGCGCUGCGCCCCGCGCCGGGGGCUCAGGAUGCGGCCGGGGGGCGCGCUGCCCGCGCUGCUCGCCUGCCUCGGGCUGCUGCUGCUGCUGCGUCUGCUCUGGGGCUCGGCCGAAGCGCCCGCCCGCGCCAGGCUGGCGGCCGAGCAGCGCCGGGAGGGCCCCCGCGGCACCGCGGCCACGCAGAGGACGCUCCGGAGCCCGGCGACCCCGCUGCCGCCGCGCCCCACCAACAGCAGCUCCUAUCUGAAUGAGAAGUCACUCCAGCUGAUGGAAAAAUGCAAAACCCUGCAGCGUGGCUUCCGGGCUUUAUCCAACAAGACAAGAAUGUAUUCGGAGAAUGACUAUCUUCAGAUCAUCACGAAUAUCCAGAGCUGUCCCUGGGCACGUCGGGCAGAAGAACAUGAGAAUUUCAGAGCAAAGCUUGCUUCCUGUUGUGAUGCUGUUCAGAACUUCAUUGUCUCUCAAAGUAACACUCCAGUUGGGACUAACAUGAGUUUUGAGGUGGAAAGUAAAUUUCAAUUCCUAAUUAAACAGAGCAUUUUUGACAUGUUUCCAAAGUCGCAGCCCAUCAUAGGCUACCCGUAUAAUCAGUGUGCCGUGGUUGGAAACGCAGGGAUUCUGAAUCAGUCUCUCUGUGGCGCAGAAAUUGAUAAGUCGGACUUCGUGUUUCGGUGCAACCUCCCUCCCAUCACAGGAAGUGUCAGUAAAGAUGUUGGCAGUAAAACCAAUCUUGUGACGAUCAAUCCCAGUAUCAUAAAGCUGAAAUAUGGGAACUUAAAGGAAAAGAGAGAGUUAUUUCUGCAAGACAUUGCCAGCUACGGAGAUGCGUUCCUUCUGCUGCCCGCCUUCUCCUUCAGGGCCAACACCGGUUCCUCUUUUAGAGUGUAUGAAACUGUGAAGUUGUUCAAAGCAAGACCGAAGGUGGUUUUUUUCCAUCCCAAAUACCUGAAAAACCUUGCACUUUUCUGGAGAACUAAAGGCGUGAUGGAAUAUCGCCUGUCUUCCGGCUUGAUGAUCACCAGUGUGGCCAUAGAACUGUGCGAGAAUGUGAAACUCUAUGGGUUUUGGCCCUUCUCAAAGACCGUGGAUGACAUCCCUGUCAGCCAUCACUACUACGACAACAACUUACCUAAACGCGGCUUCCACGAGAUGCCCAGAGAAUACAGCCAUAUUCUCCAGCUUCACCUGAAAGGAAUUCUCAAAUUACAAUUUAGCAAGUGUGAGAUUGCCUGAGCUAAGUGUUUUAAGAUGGAAUAAACCUGGCUGCCAUGUCAUCAGUGAAUAACAGUGUUCUGAAAUAGAGAUCGUUGUAGAGGACAGUCGGGAGAGAACUCGUUCUCACCAACUCUGGACACUGAGUUUGUACCCUCAGCAAGGCAUUUGGUUAUUCUUAAGUGUCUUUAUCUCUAAACUAGAGACCGUGACAUGUAACCCAUGUUACCUGAGUGAAAUGAAAGCAUCUAUAAAAAAUCUUGACAAAAUAUAUGGCAUGAGGUAGGGACUUGGUGAAUAUUUCCAUUUUGAUAUGUUUUCACGCUCACUUCCACCCUCUCCAGCCUGAUGAUAAGAGAUAGAGUGUCUGGGAGGCCCUUUCUCAAGAAAAGAGCUGAAUUACUGAUAUUUACUAGGGUUCUUUUUCUGGCAGGCCUCUUUCUUAACAAUAAUAUAGUUCUCUUCUUCCUUUCUUAAGGAGAGCAAAUUAAAAAUGAUGCAGUUCGAUAAGAACCCCUUGUUGUCAAGAAAUGAAAUUCUUGUUUUCGGAAAGUAACAUGUCCACUUCUGAUUAUGUUCACUUGUGAUAGUAGGUUUUAUGAUAUUAUGGAUUUGAGCCAAAUAAUUUUUAUUUAUGUCUAUAUUUUUAAACCACAUGAGAAAUUAUGUGAACUUCCUGCCAUAUUAAGUCUUUUCCUCUCCCACUAAGAGUAUUAACUUCAAGGAUAUGAAUAUUUUCAAUACCCAGGUUUUUCUUAUCUGUUUUCCUUGUUGAGGUGGAGAGGAUGGCUCACUCUUUCAAUUUACUUAAAAAACGCUAUUGAACAGCUACUUCAUGCCAGAGCUAGAGAAAGGGAUAGAGAUGAGUUAUUCCACAGAAGGAAAGAGAUGUGCGUGUCACCAGUUAUUAUAUGGUAUGAUGAGUGUCAUUGCAAAAGUUAUGAAUAAAGGAGGGACGGAGUCAAGAAUAAUUUUAUCUUGGUGGGAUAUCUUUCAUGGAAGAAGUGAUUUCUAAAUUAAACCUAGAAAACAGACUAAGUUUUACCAAAUGAAAAAGAUCCUAGGUUCUGCUAAUAAUAUGUUAGGGGGAGAUAGUGUCCUUUUGCUUCUGAGUUUUCACUAUCAGGAUAUUUGAAAGUAAACUAUGGAUUUUGUCCCCAAGAACUGCCACAUCAAGACAGUGGGGAGGCUGGACAUCUUGGACCCGCAUCUGUGAAUUGGGAAUAAAACUGGCUUGAUUGAUUAAAGCAUGAAAAACAAUUCUCGUAUGAGAAGGUGUAGAUUUCACUGUGCUUGCCUUCCAAGUGGCCAGCUGGGUACAAUCCCCAGCAUUCCAUAUGGUCCCGAGUUCCCUGGGAAUGAUCCCUGAGCACUGCCAGGAGUAAAUCCUGAGCACUGCCAGGUGUGGCCCCAAAACAAUAAAAUUUAAAAAGAAAGAGAGAAAAGCUAUAUAUUUACAUGAGAAUAAGAUGUAACUUAAAUAUCCAUAAGCUAAAGCCUAAUAAAAUAUUUAAUACUGGUGUUUGUAUAGCACUUCCUUACACUCUGACAAUACAGCACUUCUUAGUAGAGAUCGUCUAUUAACUAAACAAGUUAUUUGACUUAAACAAGUAAUUAUAUUCAUACUUUCCUGCUUAUCUUUGUAUCUCCCAAAAAGAUCAGAAAUACCAGUGGAACAGACUGGGCAAAAUGCUGAAUUAAUUAUAAAUUACUUCUGAUUAUUAGUCAGGUUAUUAUUUCAGUACAUAUUCACUUGUAAGAACACUCUACUGUGAAUUGCUUAUUUUGAUAAAGUACAUCUUUAAUUUGAUUGUAAUUGACAUUUGUGACGCUAUUCUUAGUUAAUGCACUUGAUUGUUCCUUUUAUAGCAAAUGAAACUUACUAGCUCCAUAAACUGAUUAGGAGUUUAUAUAUGAAUAUGUUCCAAAAUAUCCCUUUAGCUACAUAAAGUCAAACUCAUUUAUUAUAUAUAUAUUUUUAGUGUUGUUAACUAGGUGGCUGUUUUCUACUGCUUCUAAUGGUUUUAUUUAUUUUUAAAAAUAUCUGCUACCAUUAUUGAUGAUGUCCCUAUCUUGUUACUAGCAGUGGCUUAUUAAAAAUAAAUCAGAGUAGGGGCUGGAGUGAUAGCACAGCGGGUAGGGCGUUUGCCUUGCACGCGGCCGACCCGGGUUCAAAUCCCAGCAUCCCAUAUGGUCCCCUGAGCACCGCCAGGGGUAAUUCCUGAGUGCAUGAGCCAGGAGUGACCCCUGUGCAUUGCCGGGUGUGACCCAAAAGCAAAAAAAAAGAAAAAAAAAAAAAUCAGAGUAUUUGUAUUUUAUAGUGAGUAAAAUGUUUUCUGGGAAGUUGGAACAAACUUCUUCUUGAUGAUAUUGGAAAUAUAUCACUGAUCACUGAUAAGUGAAAGUGAUAGAGCAUAUAAAAUAAAUCUUUACCUAUACAAUCUGGAAACUGUAAGUUAUUUUAAUAAAAAUGACAUGAUUAUGACCUUUA